UUGCGAGAGGCUUUGCUUUUCUUUCUCUUUUUGAGCCGAUCGGCGCGGCCCGUCGUCCUCUCCCUUCAACCCACCGAAACUUCUCCUUUGCUCCCCCAAAGCAGCUUCCCUCCCUCCCCCCAACCCCAGCGCGCCCAGCCUCCCUCGACAUGGCCGAGGAGCAGCCCCAAGUCGAGCUCUUCGUCAAGGCCGGCAGCGAUGGAGCCAAAAUCGGGAACUGCCCCUUCUCCCAGCGACUCUUCAUGGUCCUUUGGCUCAAGGGCGUGACCUUCAACGUCACCACGGUGGACACCAAGAGGAGGACCGAGACGGUGCAGAAACUAUGCCCUGGAGGUCAGCUCCCGUUCCUGAUGUACGGGACUGAGGUUCAUACAGACACUAACAAGAUUGAAGAGUUCCUUGAGGAGGUCCUUUGCCCUCCCAAGUACCCCAAGUUGGCUGCCCGUAACCCCGAGUCCAACACAGCUGGCCUUGACGUCUUUGCCAAGUUCUCUGCCUAUAUCAAGAACUCGAACCCGGGGCAGAACUCCAAUCUCGAGAAAGGUUUGCUGAAAGCGUUGAAGGUGCUGGAUGUUUAUUUGACAACGCCGCUACCGGAGGAGGUGGACGAGAAUAGUGCCGAGGACGAGGGUCAGUCCCGCCGCAAAUUCCUCGAUGGGGAUGAGCUCACGUUGGCCGACUGCAAUCUUCUGCCCAAGCUUCACAUCGUCAAGGUGGUGUGCAAGAAGUACCGCAACUUUACCAUCCCUGAGGCAUUCCAAGGCAUCCACCGCUAUCUCAAGAAUGCUUACGCCCGUGAGGAGUUUGCCAGCACCUGCCCAGACGACGAAGAGAUUGAGCUAGCUUAUGAGCUGGUUGCCAAAGCUUUGAAAUAACAAACUUCUGAGAGUUGGAAAAAGGGACGUAGGGUUUCUGUGGCAGGGAUAUUGGGGUCUCGGGUUGGGCCCGUUGAAGGGUAUUUUUAUGUAUGUACUUACGUUUGGCGGGGGGGGAGGAA